GGGGCGACGAGCGGGCAGGGCGCACGGCCACCCAGCCGCAGGCGCCGGACAGGUCCCGAGGCUGGGCCCCAGCCUGCCCUGGAGCGGCGGUGCGCGGCCAGGGAGGGUGCCCAGUGCCCGGUGCCCGCCCUGCGGAGCGCCCGGGUCCCACGUGGGCUCGGCCGGAGGCCCGGGCUGUCUGGGACGGCGCCGGCGGGGCCGGUGGUCCCGGUCUGCCGGCCCCUGGGCUCGGCUCUGACAGGACGCCUAAGGGGUCCCUGGGCAACGGGGCGCCAGGUGUGAGGGCAAGACGACUGGGCAGAAGUUUAAACCUCCGGAGGAAGGGGGGGGACUGCGCAGGGCAGGACCGGGUAGUCCCGCCUGCGCCCCAGAAGCGCCUGCAGCUCAGACUCUCCUCUCCCCUCCGCUUUCCCCCGGGUGAGCACCCGGCGGCCCCGGGCCGAAGUUUGUCGAUUGAGCCCAGCCAAGAUGAAAACAGACUGAGGCUUCACCGCAGAGUAUCUGUACAGAACGAGGAGAGGACAAGAACAUGCUCUAAAGCCUUUCACAGCAAGACCCAAGAAGAAGCCACAGGCAAACCCAGACUUGAAGCCCUCCCGCCUCCUGCCCACCAUGGCCUCUGCUGACAAGAAUGGCGGGAGCGUGUCUUCUGUGUCCAGCAGCCGCCUGCAGAGCCGGAAGCCACCCAACCUCUCCAUCACCAUCCCACCCCCUGAGAAAGAGACCCAGGCCCCUGGCGAGCAGGACAGCAUGCUGCCUGAGAGGCCCAAGUACCCAGCCUUCUUGAAGAGCGUCAGCCUCCAGGAGCCACGGGCCCGAUGGCAGGAGAGCUCAGAGAAGCGCCCUGGCUUCCGCCGCCAGGCCUCGCUGUCCCAGAGCAUCCGCAAGGGCGCAGCCCAGUGGUUUGGAGUCAGCGGCGACUGGGAGGGGCAGCGGCAGCAGUGGCAGCGUCGCAGCCUGCACCACUGCAGCGUGCGCUACGGCCGCCUGAAGGCCUCGUGCCAGCGGGACCUGGAGCUCCCCAGCCAGGAGGUGCCAUCCUUCCAGGGCACCGAGUCCCCAAAGCCCUGCAAGCUGCCCAAGAUUGUGGAUCCACUGGCCCGGGGCCGGGCCUUCCGCCACCCGGAGGAGGUGGACAGGCCCCACGCCCCGCACCCGCCGUUGACCCCUGGAGUCCUGUCCCUCACCUCGUUCACCAGCGUCCGCUCUGGCUACUCCCACCUGCCACGCCGCAAGAGGAUGUCUGUGGCCCACAUGAGCUUCCAAGCUGCCGCUGCCCUCUUCAAGGGGCGCUCGGUGCUGGAUGCCACCGGACAGCGGUGCCGGGUCAUCAAGCGCAGCUUUGCCUUCCCGAGCUUCCUGGAGGAGGAUGUGGUUGAUGGGGCAGACACAUUUGACUCCUCGUUUUUUAGUAAGGAAGAAAUGAGCUCCAUGCCUGACGAUGUCUUUGAGUCCCCCCCACUCUCUGCCAGCUACUUCCGGGGGAUCCCACACUCAGCCUCCCCUGUCUCCCCCGAUGGGGUGCAAAUCCCUCUGAAGGAGUGUGGCCGAGCCCCAGUCCCCGGGCCCCAGCGCGGCAAGCGCAUCGCCUCCAAGGUGAAGCACUUUGCCUUUGAUCGGAAGAAGCGGCACUACGGCCUGGGCGUGGUGGGCAACUGGCUGAACCGUAGCUACCGCCGCAGCAUCAGCAGCACCGUGCAGCGGCAGCUGGAGAGCUUCGACAGCCACCGGCCCUACUUCACCUACUGGCUGACCUUCGUCCAUGUCAUCAUCACGCUGCUGGUGAUUUGCACCUAUGGCAUCGCACCCGUGGGCUUUGCCCAGCACAUCACCACCCAGCUGGUUCUGCGGAACAAAGGUGUGUACGAGAGCGUGAAGUACAUCCAGCAGGAGAACUUCUGGGUUGGCCCCAGCUCGAUUGACCUGAUCCACCUGGGGGCCAAGUUCUCGCCCUGCAUCCGGAAGGACAGGCAGAUCGAGCAGUUGGUGCAGCGGGAGCGAGACCUGGAGCGGGACUCAGGCUGCUGUGUCCAGAACGACCACUCAGGCUGCAUCCAGACCCAACGGAAGGACUGCUCGGAGACUUUGGCCACUUUUGUCAAGUGGCAGGAUGACACUGGGCCCCCCAUGGACAAGUCUGAUCUGGGCCAGAAGCGGACAUCGGGGGCUGUCUGUCACCAGGACCCCAGGACCUGUGAGGAGCCGGCCUCCAGCGGUGCCCACAUCUGGCCCAAUGACAUCACCAAGUGGCCGAUCUGCACAGAGCAGGCCAGGAGCAACCGCACGGGCUUCCUGCACAUAGACUGCAAGAUCAAGGGCCGCCCCUGCUGCAUUGGCACCAAGGGCAGCUGUGAGAUCACCACCCGGGAAUACUGUGAGUUCAUGCACGGCUAUUUCCACGAGGAAGCGACGCUCUGCUCCCAGGUGCACUGCUUGGACAAGGUGUGUGGGCUGCUGCCCUUCCUCAACCCAGAGGUCCCAGAUCAGUUCUAUAGGCUCUGGCUGUCUCUCUUCUUACAUGCCGGCGUGGUGCACUGCCUCGUGUCUGUGGUCUUUCAAAUGACCAUCCUGAGGGACCUGGAAAAGCUGGCCGGCUGGCACCGUAUCGCCAUCAUCUUCAUCCUCAGCGGCAUCACGGGCAACCUCGCCAGCGCCAUCUUCCUCCCGUACCGGGCGGAGGUGGGACCGGCCGGUUCACAGUUUGGCCUCCUCGCCUGCCUCUUCGUGGAGCUCUUCCAGAGCUGGCCGCUGCUGGAGCGGCCCUGGAAGGCCUUCCUCAACCUCUCGGGCAUCGUGCUCUUCCUGUUCGCCUGCGGCCUCCUGCCCUGGAUCGACAACAUCGCCCACAUCUUCGGCUUCCUCAGCGGCCUGCUGCUGGCCUUUGCCUUCCUGCCCUACAUCACCUUCGGCACCAGCGACAAGUACCGCAAGCGGGCCCUCAUCCUGGUGUCACUGCUGGCCUUCGCCGGCCUCUUCGCUGGCCUGGUGCUCUGGCUGUACAUUUACCCCUUUAACUGGCCGUGGAUCGAGCACCUCACCUGCUUCCCCUUCACCAGCCGCUUCUGCGAGAAGUACGAGCUGGACCAGGUGCUGCACUGACCCGGGUCCCGCGGCUGCACCACGGCACCGCUGGCACGGGGGCUGCCUGCAAGGGCUGCCCACUGCUGAGUGCCCUGCAUGCCAGUGACCCAAGACAGUGCCCGGGCUCUGGACCCGGGCCCCCCGCUGCCAGGCGAGGCUGACUGUGUGCGAGAUGGUCGGUUAAGCCGGGUUCUUUGGGGGCGUGAGGCCUGCGUGCUCCUGGCCCAAGCGCCGGCACACCUAAGGCACCUGCCUCUCUGAGUCUCGGGUCCCGGGUCCCGACAUCCUCCCGCUCCCUGCUGUGACCAUCUCCUGGGGGCAGGCUCCUUUUCUUCCCAGGGUCCUCAGCGCUGCCUGUGGUGCCUUCUCCCCCACUACUACCCAAGCGUGCCCUUGCUGGGGACGUGGCUGUGCCCUUAGUUGCCCCAGGGCUGGGUGCCCACCAUGGCCCUUCCUGUUUGUCCUACCUCUGCCCCGUAGCCCAUCCGUAAGGCUCUCAGACAGGACAUUGCGGGAGAGGCUUUGGCCAUAGUCUAGGGGCAGAGAGCAAGCGAGGAGACACAAGCAGACCUCAGGUGAAAUGAGCCUGGGCGGAGCCACCCCGAGGCCUGCCCCCAGCAGGUGCUCAAGGCUCAUCAGGCCCGUUUUCUACCAGUUUAUAUCAGUCUUAAUUUUUCAAAGGAACGCUAACUUUGUACGGAUAUCUUAUGGAUUAAAUAAUAUUCUUUAUGGCA